UGAGGGCUUAAUUUCAUACGGAUCUAACUCGGGCCAGAAGGUAGUCAACCCCGAAACCGAAAAAAUAAUCAAACGACCUAGAACGAGAUCGAACAACCGAUCAAGUUAUAGAGUCCCGUCAGGAAAUUGGAUCUCCCAUUUCCCAGGCACCAGGCAAAAAACAAUUAAAAAAAAAAACGAAAACCCUCCACAGCCUUUGAUCUCCGAUCAGAAGCUGAUUUUGGUGGAAAUAAUGAACUUUCUGCUGUUGCGGUCCAAUCAACAGGCAGUGCCAGAGCCACCUCCAGUACAAGAAGAGGUGGCGGAAUCUACUUAUGUUUCGAGUUCUGCAACAUCUUUAGAAGGGCUUAUUGGUGAAGAUCCAUUUCCAGAGUACCCUACAGUUGAAAACCAUGAUGCCGAAACCAAUGGACAUUUAGGUGAUAAUGCUGGUGUUGGGAGUGGUAAGAAAUCUUCUGUCCCAGAGAACCACAUUGAUGUUUGUGAAGAAGAUGGAUGGAUCACCAUUCCAUAUAGGGAUCUCCCCGAUGACUGGAACUGUGCGCCAGACAUAAGUUCAUUGCGUUCCCUGGAUCGUUCUUUUGUUUUUCCUGGAGAACAAGUUCAUGUUCUAGCAUGCUUAUCAGCAUGUAAUCAGGAAACAGAGAUUAUUACCCCAUUUAAAGUUGCUGCAGUGAUGUGUAAAAGUGGCAAGAGAAGGGGUGCUCAGAAACAAAAUGGAAACAUGGAGGGUGAAACAAAUUCAGUGCCUGAAGGAGGGGAUGCGAGUCUUAACGGUGCAGUAAUGGAUCAAAAUGGUGAAAACUUGGAGAAAGAUAAGAUUGAUCCAGCUAAGGAUGUCUCUGCUAGUGAAUCAUUUCUUAGGAUGGAAGAUCACAGAAGACAGACUGAAACACUGUUAAAAAGGUUUAAGAACUCUCAUUUCUUUGUCAGGAUUGCAGAGUCAGGUGAGCCUCUAUGGUCAAAAAAAGGUGCUUCUGAGAAAGUUUCUGAGUUGUCUGAGAUGGAUAGCCAACAAUCUAUUGCAAAUGAAACCAAUAACGCUGCCAAGAAUAUAUCUAGACAAAAUGCAGUGAUUGAUAGAGGAAAUUUUGAUGCUAAUGUUUCUGGAGGAGUAGCUAGAGAUUCUAUUAAGUGUUGCUCUCUUUCCAGUGGAGACAUAGUGGUACUUUUAAAAGUGAAUGUUGGUGUUGAUUUUCUGAGAGAUCCUGUCAUUGAAAUUCUUCAGUUUGAAAAAUAUCAGGACAGAAACCCGUCUUCUAAGAAUCAGGACAACUUAGUAUAUGCAAAUCAAGACCCAUGUGGAGAACUGUUGAAAUGGUUGCUUCCUCUGGAUAACACUCUUCCGACACCUCUGACUUUAUCCCCUCCGCCUUUAGGAUCUGCUUCUGGAAUUGGUAGCCCAUCUCAAAGGCCUGGUGUUUCUGCCUCCUCUGGCUCUCCGCUCUUUUCUUUUAGUCAUUUUAGAAGUUACUCCAUGUCAUCACUUCCUCAAAAUGUUACACCUCCUGCUGGACCUGUUAAAGCCCAGAGUUCUAAACCAUCAUUUGACCUUGAUGAUGUGGAUCAUUACACUUCUCAGAAGAAUUCAAAGGGUAAAAUAACAGGGAUUGAAGAGCUUCUAUCAUAUCGGGGUGUGUCACUAGAGCGAGAAAGAUUUUCUGUCCGUUGUGGAUUAGAAGGGAUCCAUAUACCAGGAAGAAGAUGGAGGAGGAAACUUCAAAUAAUUCAACCCAUUGAGAUCCAUUCUUAUGCUGCUGACUGCAAUACAGAUGAUCUUCUUUGUGUUCAGAUAAAGAAUAUCUCUCCUGAAAAUGUACCAGAUAUUGUAGUAUUCGUAGAUGCUAUAACAGUUGUUUUAGAAGAGGCCUCUAAAGGUGGACCACCUGCUUCCCUACCAAUAUCAUGUAUUGAAGCUGGAGAUGACCAUAGUUUGCCAAAUCUAGCUCUCAGGAGGGGUGAAGAGCACUCUUUUAUUUUAAAACCAGUGUCUUCUAUGUGGAAGGAUCUCAAAACUCAUGGAGAAAAAUCUAAAUCGUCCGCUUUGCAACCUCCUUCCAUGACCUCUGAUAGAAAGGGGAGUGUUUUGGUUGUUAACCACUAUGCGGUUAUGGUAUCAUGUCGUUGCAACUACACAGAAUCAAGAUUGUUUUUCAAGCAGCCAACAAGUUGGAGACCACGAGUUUCUAGGGAUGUUAUGAUCUCUGUAGCAUCUGAGAUGUCAGGACAAUAUUCUGGACCCAAUGAAGGAAUCACUCAGCUUCCAGUUCAGGUUUUAACUCUUCAGGCUUCAAAUUUGUCUGAUGAAGAUCUAACUAUGACAGUUCUUGCUCCAACAUCCUUAACCUCACCUCCAUCUGUGGUGUCCUUGAAUUCUUCUCCAGCAACACCAAUGAGCCCAUUUGUUGGUUUCUCUGAGCUUGCAGGGAAAGCAGGUGGUGAGAGGCGCACUACUGCAGUCUCAAUGCCCAGUCUAUCUGAGAAUCAAAAACAGAAUGGUGAUGCUGGGGCUAAGUUUACUUCUUCCAAUGCGCAGUUGACUCCAACAGCUGAUUUCAUUCCAACUUCGGGUUUGGGAUGUACUCAUCUCUGGCUGCAGAGUCGAGUACCACUAGGAUGUGUUCCUGCUCAAUCUACGGCUACCAUUAAGCUUGAGCUACUUCCGUUGACUGAUGGCAUAAUCACUCUUGACACAUUACAGAUUUAUGUUAAGGAGAAAGGUCUUACAUAUAUCCCUGAGCACUCAUUGAUGAUAAAUGCGACUUCUAGCAUCUCCACAGGGAUUAUUUAGGAUGGAUUGCGACUUGUAUUUCAUUAUGUUAUUUUUAGCCGUCAUCAAAGCAUCAUUCGGAUUUUCCAGAACCAUCAGUACGCAGUAGGUAUCUUCCUACAAUGAGCAGAAACAGAAUUGUGUUGCUGAUUCGUCUGAAAGAAUACAACCGCGAAUGAUUUUCUUGUAGACUGCAAUCUUGAGAAUGGCAUUUGUUAUAAUACACCUGUUGAUGUGGGGGGAAAAACAAAUGUUCUUUGUAUUGUAGAUGAACCUAAAGGUGUGAAAACUGUAUUUGUUGCCAAAAAAAAAAAAUCACCAAGACCUGAGUGCUUUUACAGAUAAUCAGGCCACAGAAAACUUGUUAGGAUUCAAACACAACCCAUGUUACCCUUUCAGAAUUGUGAAUUUGUAAUCCUUUUAUAUGAUCCACUGCUUUAAACUUAUUGAAAUGGCAUUUCUUGAGUGCACUGCA